AUGCCUGCGCGGCUUGGCGGCUUCUGUAUGAGAUCCUUGGAGUCUCCAAGGCCAGACUUCCUGAGGGACAUUACCAACCGGUUCGCCAUUCUCGCACGAAGCGCAAACUGGGCCAAUGCACGAGAUGUACAGACACUAGGAAAGGCAAUCUUUGGAACUGCCAUUCAAGCCAUGCAAGGGAAGGAUGUCGUCAUAACCGAGGGCCUCAUCCUCGACAAGCUAGACGAUAUGAUCUCUGAGCAAACAAGUCGCGCGACCCAGUCCUUCGUCGUGACUAAUCACGCAAUAGACCCUUCCCAAGCACCGGCCCUUGACUGGCAACCGGAGCAGAUAAUUUAUACUCCUCCUUCAACAGCAGCUCCAUCUGCCAAAGUCAUUGCGGAGACAGCAGACCCGGCGCUUCCGGAUGAUGGAGUCUCGGAUGAGGUAUGGAGCCAGCUACAGCAGGAUCUGCAAUCCUCGGAGAGGAAAGAGUCAGAUUACCAGUCUCUUCUCGAAGAAGAGUGCGAUGCCCAGAAAGCCGUUGAAAAGAUCGCGAGCCUACCAAAAGACGACUCAAAACUCAACGAUGAUACCAAGAAACAACACGAGUAUCGCCGUCUGGAAGAGCUAGCAUUGCGAGCAAAGCUAGAGAAGCUGCAGAGGGGACGAGAGGCCAAGGAAGCGGAGCGACGCAAGGAGCAGAACAUUCAGCACAGGCUACGACAGAUGGGCGUUUGCCCUAUGGGGUAUCGAUGGAUAAAGCAGACGUCUGGAUAUCGGUGUGCGGGAGGCUCGCAUUAUGUUUCGAAUGUGGAUUUGGGCGUUUAG